CAAACGAAAACGAAACCUGCUAGAACUAGUGAGUAGUGACCGGUGGCGAGAAGAAGUUUCACUGGAUGAUCGCGAGGAGGAGAGAGAGGUGCGAGAGAGAGUGACGCGUCCCGUUAUCAGCAGUUUAGCGUUUGUGUCCCAGAUUGGAGAAGGACGCGAGCCGAAGCAGACAGAGCUGAGGUGAUAGUGGUGAUGCACCCUUCGAACAGCAGCCGUCUCCAGAGGACAGUCCACUCAACAGCCAAUGACGGCUCUGCACCAAGGGCCCAAGGGCCGUCUUGUCCUUGUCUCCUCGCUUUUUAUCAUCUUCACUCUGCCAGCAACGUUCUCCUUACUAGUUAACCACAGCGAGGAGCACCAUGGUGAGAACGAUGUGAGAUCAGGGAAGUUGUUUUUCAAUUUCUUACAACGCCAACCGUUAGUUGAAAAGUCUCCUCCAUGCAGCUGUACGUGUGGGGAACGCAAUGAGGCUAGUCGCAUUGUAGGUGGGAAGCCUACGGAGACAAAUGAGUUUCCAUGGAUGGUGAGGCUUUCCUACUUCAAUAGAUUCUACUGUGGCGGCAUGCUCAUCAAUGAUCGCUAUGUCCUCACUGCUGCUCACUGCGUCAAAGGAUUCAUGUGGUUCAUGAUAAAAGUGACAUUUGGUGAGCAUGACCGCUGCAGCCAGCCUGCCAAGCCAGAGUCGCGGUUCGUGAUAAGAGCCAUAACUGGUGAUUUCAGCUAUUUGAACUUCGACCACGACAUUGCCCUACUAAGACUCAACGAUCGUGUGCCAUACACUCAGACCAUUCAACCCAUCUGCCUCCCAGAUGAUCCAGCAGAGUCAUAUGAAGGAAAAAUCGGACUUGUCUCUGGAUGGGGAACACUGAAGGAAGACGGCAAAGCUUCUUGUGUUCUGCAAGAGGUCGAAGUGCCAGUCCUGAGCAAUGAAGAUUGCCGAAAAACAAACUAUUCAGACACUAUGAUUUCGGACAACAUGAUGUGUGCAGGAUAUAAGGAAGGCCUCAAAGAUUCCUGUCAGGGGGAUAGUGGUGGACCGCUAAUUCGAGAGCGGGAGGACAAAAAAUACGAACUUAUAGGAAUUGUCUCAUGGGGUAAUGGAUGUGCUAGAGCGGGCUAUCCAGGUGUCUACACGAGAGUAACCAGAUAUGUAGAUUGGAUAAAGGAAAAUUCGAAAGAAGGCUGUUACUGUCUCAAUUGAGCAAUUCCACGUUGAUCUCUUAUGUUAUCUUCUUAUAAUGGAGCAUCUACAGUUAAUCAGAUUGGAAUAUUAUGAACCUAUUUUCAUAAUCAGAAAUGAGAGUCGAAAUGGAUGAAUAGAGAAUAUUUCAUAAGUUUUCCAGUUCAACAAGGAAUAUAGACUUAUUUCAUUCUAGAAAAUCAACUUUCAAGACGAUGACUAGGCCUAAUGCUGUAAUGUUUCGAAUGCCAUUGAUUUAAUCAAAAACAUUUCAUGAAGUAGAAUUAUUAUUAAUCAAAAUGGAUGAUAAGCAAGUUAGCUAUUUUUUAGUUCUGUAUAUAUGGCUGCAAUAUUUAUUUUUUCCGUGGUAUUGAUCAAUAUUUAUUUAUUUAUUUAUUUCUAUUUAUUUAUCUAUGUAUGAAACUACCUUCUGUACCCUAAUUCAUAUGAUGAAGAAAUACAUUGAUAUAAAAGAUUCUA